GGGGUGCGUCAAGAGUUCCGUUGGCAAACCCGCAAGACCGUGGGACAGGAAGAUUUAGGGGGUUACACUUUGGCAAGGGCGGAAGGAGGGGUGCAUUUGAUAGUGAAGGAAAACUUGGGCAGUUGGCGCGGGGAUGGUUGUUGAGAGCCGAGCACCGGACGAGGGAGCUGCAGCCAGCCGGACACCGUGGGCGUCCGCGGACCGCCGAGCCCCGGGCAGGGGAGCCGCGGGCAACCCCGCACCGGAGAGGACGUCCGCGGACAGCCGCGGAGCGGACGGGGGAUUUGCGGAUAGCUACGCACCGGCGGGGGCGUCCGCGAGCAGCCCCACAUUGGACGAGGGAGUUGCGGACAGAAACGCGCCAGCGGGGGCAUUCGCGGACAGCCGUGCACCGGAUUGCGGACAGCGACGUGUCAGCGGGGGCAUCCCGCGGACAGCUUUACAACGGACAGGGGAGCGGCGGACCGGUGGCGCGCAGGCAGGGGCAUAUGCAGACAGCCGUGUGCACCAGACGGUGGAGCCGCGGACAGGGACGCACCAAACGCGGCCACGAGCGACCGCGCAUCCGAAGAAGGAGUUGCGGACAACUGUGCACUGGAAGGAGAGGCCACGGACGGCGGCGCACCGGGAGAAGUGGCAGCGGACAGCGGUCUUCCGAGAGGGGGGAUGCGGACGGCCAGCUACGGCUUCGAGUACACUGCAGUAUCGCCUGCAGAGUCACGGCUUCGAGUACACUUUCACCUUGAACAACCUGGAAAAGGCGGGCCUGCUGCGAAGACAUGAUGGAUCGAACACCUACCCCGCCGUUCGGCGCACUCUGAAAUUGGUGGUCGAGGGCCAGGACGAUUCCAAUCCCACGGACAUUUCGUACACGUUUUCGGGGUACGCGCCCCUCAGCAUACGGCUCAUCCAACAGGCGCUACAAGAUAGGUGGAAAAGUAUGGAUGAGCUCCUCAGAUCGUUACCCGGGCCACACUUCGAAAAGAUACAGGCGCUAGACGCAGACGGAACGCCGGUGGAGCACGAAGGCCAGAGCGUCAGCGGAGACAGGCCCGACGGUCAGCGGUCGCUCGUGCUCGUGGUCUUCUUGGGCGGGGUGACGUCAGCGGAGACCUCCGUGCUGCGCUUUCUGAGCGGACAGGAGGAUUCAAAACACGACUUCUUGGUCGCUACGACGAAGCUGGUGACCGGCACGUCGCUUCUGGAAACGUUAAUAGACGACGAUUGGCGGUUGAGGAGCAACAGAUGAGUCUGGUCCUUCACGAGCCAGUGUACAUAACCAACACGCAUAAGCUGGCCGAGCAAACGGAAAUCAUCGAGUCCGAGUGAAGGCUGGGACAAUCGAGGAAUAACAGAUGCGUCUAAUUCUUUACGAGCUUGUGUACCUAAAUGCUUAAGCAAAAGCUGGCCGAGCAGAAUGAGAUUAUCAAGCAAACAUGAAGGUUGCCGCCUGAGUUGCUGAGCGAGUUCGGGCCAGGUUAUGAUUUGCAGCAAAUUGCGGCGAUUUGCGACCAAGCUCGCAAGCUAAGAUUGCAGUGCCUCCGUGCAUGCCAAGUUGCUAGCUGAGCUCUUGGACGAAGCUCGGAAGAGGUGCACUUCCAAAAGUUUGCUGUCUUGCAACUUCAUAAUUUUCUGCAAGGGCUUCAGGACGGAGCCGAC